AUGCAGACGCUCAAGGCGGCCGCCCUGAGCCUGCUCAAUAUUUACGUCUCGCCCUAUGUCGAGAAUCUGAACGCACAGGAUCUAUCACUAUCAGUCUUUGGCGGUAAUCUCCAAUUCCACGGUCUGCACCUAAAGAAAUCUCUCCUCGAGCGGUUCGGACUCCCCGUCGAAAUCGUCGCGGGCGAUAUCGGGACAUUAUCUGUCACUAUCCCAUGGAGCAAGAUCGGCCGAGAGCCCGUCAAAAUCUCGAUUGAUGAUGUCUAUAUUUUGGCGCGAGCACGGCCGCAGGGCAAGGUAGAUCCGGAGGAGGACGAACGGGUGGAGCAGGCGACCAAGCAGGAGAGGCUGAAGAGUGCCGAGGCGGUGGAUAAUGCGACGAGUCAGGUAGCAGGGGAUGAUGGAUCGAAACAGACAUAUGUCGGAGCUAUCGUCAGCAAGAUUGUUGAUAAUGUCCAAAUACAUGUCAAGGGCAUACAUGUCCGAUAUGAAGACGGAACAAAUACGCCAGAUCACCCAUUCGCAGCGGGUAUCACCCUCGACGAGUUCAAGGCGGUAUCGACCGAUGAGAACUGGGUCGAGGCGUUCAUCCAGAACAGCAUGAAGGGGGUUCACAAGCUCGUCAAGCUUGCGGCGCUCGGGGUGUAUUUUGAUACCGACACUGGAAGCCUGGACAAGGGAGACAGGGAAGGGACGAUUGGCGCGCUGAAGCAAAUGUUGAGUGGGCCGGGGAAGCACCAGUAUAUCCUGAAGCCAGUCACGGGAGAAGCGAGGCUCAUCGUCAAUAAGACGAUGUCGAACGAGAUACCCAAAGUCGACGGUCAAAUCAUCUUCGACGAAAUUGGCCUCGUUCUCGACCAAGACCAGUACCGAGAUGUCCUUUCCGUCGUCGACGUCUUCCACUUCUACCGCCGUACCCACCAAUACCACAAAUUCCGGCCGCCAGAGAUCGAGAUGGAGCAGAAUCCGGCCAAGGCGCGGCUCAAAUUCGCGCUCAAUGCGAUUGCGGCCGAGGUGCACGAUCGGAAUCGGAGGUGGACGUGGGAGUAUCUCAGCGAGCGGAGGGAUAUGCGGAAGAAGUAUGUGGAUGUGUAUGUGAAGCGGCUGGCGCUGCCAGAGGGGAAGCCCUUACCACCUGAUGACGCGAAAGAGCUGGCGGACAUGGAGAGUCAGCUGGCAUAUGAAGAUAUUCGGUUCUUCCGGUCGGUCGCGCGUGUUCAGGCGAAGAAGGACGCUGCCACUCGACGGAAGAUGGAGGCUGAGCGGAAGAAGGAGCAGGCUGGCCGCCAGACCUGGAACGAGUGGCUCUGGGGCCAAGGGCCAAAGCAGGACACAGAGGAAGGGAUGACGCAAGAGGAGAAGAAGGAGCUGGACGACAUCAUCGACUAUACCCCCGCCUCGGCCGACGAGAUCAUGGGCAACCAGCCCAAGGACUUUAUGCGGGCUCGGAUAUCGGCUCGACUUAAUAAAGGCUCAUUCUCCCUCCGCGCGGAUCCGCACGGUCGGAACUCGGACAUUAUCGCUCUCGUCUUCGACUCGUUCACUGCCGAUGCUACGCAGUAUACCGAAAGUGUCGCCGCCAAGGUCGCGCUCGGCGGAUUCAGGGUGUAUGACGGUACCAUGCCCGGCUCGCUGUACCCCCAGAUCGUCCGCGUCAAGGAUAUCGAGUCGGAUCCGAGCGGGCCGCAGCGCCAGACGUCGCUCGACGUGGGCGGGACAGACGUCGCGCUCGCGGAGAUCAGCGACGGGAUGGUAGCCGACGACAAGGCGGAUCCGUUCUUCGUCAUGGAGGUGGAACAUAAUCCGUUGGAUGGAAGAGCGGACAAUGCGGUCACAGUCAAGAUGCGGCACUUGGAGAUUAUAUAUCACAAGGGGUAUGUUGAGGCCGUGGUGGCGUUCUUCAAGCCGCCAGAGAGUCAGCUGGAGAGUAUCGGUGCGUUGCUGGAUGCCGCCGGACAGACUCUGGACGGGCUGCGGAAGGAGACGAGAGCGGGGUUGGAGUAUGCUUUGGAACAGCACAAGACUGUGGAUAUCAAGGUCGACAUGAACGCUCCUAUUAUCAUCAUUCCCAUGAACGUCACCGAGGCAGACUGCCAAGCGCUCGUGCUGGACGCUGGUCAUAUUGCCAUCGAAAGCAAGCUUGUCGACAAGGACCAAGUCAAGGAGGUCCAGAGCAAGCGCGGGAAGCAGUACAGCAACGACGAUUACCGCCAACUCGAGGAUCUCAUGUAUGAUCGCUUGUCGCUCCGGCUGGAAUCCACUCAACUGCUCAUGGGUGGUAAUGUCGAAUCAUGUCUCCAGGCUCUCGACAAGGUACACGAACCAGGAGCGGCCGAGCUGCACAUCCUGGAGCGGAUCAACAUGAACUUCUCGGUCCAUAACGCCAUCAUCAACACCUCGACGUUGACACGCUUCAAGAUUGCUGGAGAAUUACCGGAGCUGCAGGUCAAUUUCUCGGAUCGCAAGUACAAAACCCUGAUGCGCUUCAUCGACGUUGCUAUUCCCAAGUUUGGCGAUGAUACUGCGCCUGCACCAGCGGUCCAGCCGGCAGCUGCGCCACGGAGAAAAACAACUUUCCGGGCUGCGCCGAUCGAAGAGUACAACCUGGACGACAAUCGGUCGGUACAUUCUUUGCGGACGGUUGAUUCGAGGGAUGACGCAUCGUCGAUAGAUGAGAAGGGCGAAAAAUUCUACGAGGCUCAGGAUGAUACCACUGAGACACAACGGAACGCGAUGUCGCAGAUCAGUUUCGAGUUCUCCUUCCAGGUCGGCAAGCUCCAAGCUUCGCUCUACAAGGCCAACGGGGCUGGAGAGGAGAAAGCCCUCGCCGAUGCCGUCCUCGAAGGAUUCGGUCUCACUUUCGCCCUGCGCCAAUACGACAUGUCGGUCGACCUAUAUCUCCGGAACGUCACGCUGGCGAUGAUUGAGCAAGGCAAGGUCCGAAAGCCCUUACUCUCAUCGGCCAGCACCGGGUCCUCAGCAUCGGAAGACCACAAACUCGUCAAAGUGCGGUAUAUGAAGGUGCAAAAGGACUCGCCGGAGUUCAUGACCAAGCAUGACGGAAUUGACCAGAGCGUCAUUGCCGAGCUGUCUACCUUUAAAAUUACGGUGGCGCCCGAGCCUAUCUUGGCGCUUAACGACUUCAUCAUGACUACCUUUGUGCCGCAGGAUGAGCAGCCAGCCGCUCAGGUGCAAAAGGCGGAUGAGGGUGAGGCGGUGGUGGUGGUUCCGCCACCGUCUUCGGAUAAGAUCCGAGUACGGGUUCAUCUGACCAGCGCCCAGAUCUCACUGGAGAACAAUGGUCUCGCCUUCGCUCUGCUCGAGUUGACGCUCGCCAAUGUCAACAUCAUGCUUCGGAACGGGACCAUGCGGGUCAGCGCUCGGCUGGGCAACCUCUCGCUCGAGGACCUCACGGAUGACGAGGUAGCCAAUCCUGCCUUCAAGAAGCUACUCGCUAUCGAAGGGGACGAACUCGCCGAGUUCAGCUACGAGACUUUCGACCCCACGGACAAGGAGACUUUCCCCGGCUUCAACUCGUCGGUGCAUCUCAAAGCGGGCUCGCUCAAGUUUACCUUCAUGGAGGGACCCGUACACAGCUUAUUUGGCUGGGCGAUGCGUUUCGCCCAGCUAAAGGCGGUGUACGAUGCGGCCUCACAGGCGGCGGUCCAGCGCGCCUCGGAGGUCACGCGGAUGCACUUUGACCUGCUCAUCAAUACGCCUAUCGUCGUCCUUCCCCGUGACGGACUGGUCAGCGCGGACAUGCUGGUUCUCAGGCUUGGAGAGAUCUUUGCCAAGAAUCGGUAUCUCGGCGACCCGAACGAUACGUCUACCAUCGACGCCGGACUACGGGGCAUAAGUGUCUCAUCCGAGAUGGUGCAUGACGGGAAGAGGGAAACGCUCAAGAUGGUCGAUGAUGUCACGAUCUCGGCGACCGUCAAGCAGGCAGGAGGGGAGACGCAUCGGUCCGAUCCGAAAGCAGCGGAUAUGGAGGUUUCGACCGAGAUGUCCGACGUCAAAAUGUCGUUGACUCAGCUCCAAUACACCCUCUUGAUGUCCAUUAUCCAGGCGCUUCCUCGGGCCCUGUCCAGCCUUUCGGAACCGGUAGCUACCGGCGACACCCCCCUUCCCUCGACAGCGGUAUCUACCGCUCCUGCCACCCCCAUGUCCGAGACCGACACCCAGGUUGACCUCCAACCGGAACUCGCCAUCACCGAGAGCAAGGCUGGCUCGCUAUGGACCACCAUGCUGGUCGACUUUACGGUCAACUCCAUCUCGCUGGAAGUCUACACCGUCCAGGCGAUCAACGCCGGCGAUCUGGAAACGUACAGCAUCGCUCGCUUUGGGCUUAUGAAGACCCACGUUGGGCUCAAGCAGCUCAGCGACGGCGCAAUGGAGGCGGAGUUUUCGCUCAAGACUAUUGCCUUUACCAGCACUCGGGCUGGAAAGAGCGUCUUCCGCGAUAUCAUCCCGCCUGCUUCGCACGAUGGCAAUCAGGUCAUGGUUCAAUACACCAAGUCUGGCGGUCCGACCGGCUCGGCUACGGCGAUCGUCACGAUCGAUAGCCCAAAAAUCAUCCUCGCUGUCGAUCCGCUUGCUGCUCUCCUUGAAUUUGCCGUCAGCCCCUUCACCGACUCUGCACCGGCAGAGGAGGCGGAAGUGGCGGAGGUUCCGGAGCAGCAAGGGAAGACUGAGGCGCCGGCGCAACCUGGGUCGCUGUCUUACCGGGUCGAGAUCAUCCAGUCAACCAUCAUGGUCAUUGCCAAUGACUCGGACCCCAAAUCCCAGGCGAUCCAGCUGCAGGUCAAGGAGGUCUUGCUCUCCCAGCAGUCCAUCAUGGCGCUCAAGAUCGGCCAGCUCGGCAUGUCUUUCGGCCGGAUGGACAAGUUGUCCGACCGGAUCACCUUCCUCGACCGACUCAAUGUAGCGCUAUCGCUCGAUACCAAGCGCCGAGGAUCGCAGACCACCACCAGCUUCGAUGUCGACAUCCCUGAUCCCAUCAUCUUCAGGGCGUCAUACUCUGACAUCAUGCUCAUUCUCGAUAUCGUCAAUAAGGCCACCGCGGCUACGACCAAGGCGAUGUCUGGCAACUCGGAGCCAGGCGCGGAACGACAGGGCUCGACGGACCGCAGGACCAGCAUGAGUGCUCCUACCAGAGAUGGUAUCACUGAGUCCACCUCGGCUGCCAUCGUUCCUACAGCGACUGCGCGCAGGUCUUCGGUGCAUACGCAGAAGAAGACGAUCGACAAGGCAAAGGUGUUGAUUUCCAAGGAACAGCUCACGGCUCGCAUCAACGGCUUCCAGCUUGUCCUGGUCGGAGAUCUGCAGGAAAUGCCUUUCGUCCACCUGGCAACCAACGAGUUCCAGGUUGCGGUGAACGAUUGGACGGGAGAUAUGAAGAUGGCAACCUCGAUCACCACCUCCAUUCGAUACUAUAAUCCCAGCAACUCGUACUUUGAGCCCCUCAUGGACCCAUGGAAGUUCGAUCUGCGGGUGACGAGGAUCGCAGCUGGUCCCAACAGCAGCCCGCUCGACGUCAAGCUCAUCGCGAGGGAGCGCCUCGAGCUGAACGUCUCGGCUGCCUUCAUUGAGCUGGCUAUGACUGGCGCGAUGAUUGGGGAGGGACAGGGAAAGCAGGCUCGCGGAACCGAUGCUCCCUUCCGAGUGCGGAACAAGACCGGCCUGAAGAUCGCCGUCUGGCCAGAAUCGCGAGAUACAUCCAAGACGCCCACUGGGGUCAAGGAGCUGGACGAUGGGGCGGACGUGCCAUGGCGCUUUGAGGAUCGUCAUCGGGCUCGAGACAACGUAUCUGCGGCCCGACACAACUCGCUUGGUAUACAUAUUCAGAACACCGACUGGGACCCUCUCCGGAGUAUUUCGGUCGACCGUGAAGGACCGCAGAUCCUCUCUCUCCGACCCAAGGUCGACAAGGUGGCCCACCAGCUCAUGUGUGACAUCAAGGUGGAGAACAAUAUCAAAAUUAUCACCUUCCGAUCUACAUUCAACGUCGAGAACAACACGGCGCUGCCAAUCGAGAUGAUCAUUGUGGACGCGCAUGGCAAGGCGUCGACUGCGCAGAUCAAGAUCAACCCGGGAGAGUCGCAUCCUCUACCUCUGACUGCGGCGUAUGAGAAGCGGUUCCGCCUCAGGCCUCUCAAAGGCUUCAACUUCGACUACAGCUGGUCCAUGCCGCUCCACUGGCGGCAGCUCGUCGCUAGGCCCAUCCGCCCCAUCAGUUGCAAGCAUCAGACUGCGCAGAAGCCAGCAUUCUACUUCCAGGGCAAAGCCAACUUUGACGAGAACGACCCUGCCGCCAAGGUGUACCCACGCAUGACUCUCAGCCUGCGCGCGCCGGUCGAGCUGGAGAACUUGCUGCCGUAUGACAUCAAGUGGCGCGUACAUGAUAAGAAUACCACCCUCAGCUCGGGCGAGUACCUCAUCAGCGGGGGAGCUUGCCCUCUGCAUACGGUCGAACUCGGUCACUUGCUGCUCAUCAGCAUCGGACCGCAAGAUUGCCACUUCCAGCAGAGCGAUUAUGCCAUCAUCAACACCGACGAUCAAGAGCUACCCAUCGAGGACCACAUCCAGGUUACUGAUAGGGAGAACAUCCCUCUUACUCUUCGACUCCACUACUUUACCUACCCCAACUCUGGUGGGGCGGUCAGAGUCCAGAUCUACGCGCCAUACGUCUUCCUCAACAAGACCGGUUUGCCGUUCGAUCUUGCGGCAAAGGCCUGGUCAGGCGGACAGAGGGAGGUUGCUGGUCGGGCAGACUUUGCCGUGUUCAAUUUCCCUCAUUCCGACCGCAGAGAUCGUCUGCUUCUCAAGGUGGCCGAUUCGAAGUUCUCCAAGCCCAUGUCAUUCGACUCGCCAGCUGCGGAUAUGGCUGUAGUCAUGCAGACAGGUAGAGGUGACAAGGAGUAUCAUGUCGGCUUGUCAUAUACCGAAGGUCUUGGCAAGUACAAGUUGACCAAGGUCGUCACUCUCACUCCUCGAUACUUGGUCGUCAAUAACUUCGAAUACCCAGUCCGCAUCCGCCAGGAGGGCUCGGAUCAGACGUAUGAUGUUGGAAAGGGCGCCCAGGUCUCCGUCCAGGAACUGCUGGCUCGAGCGGAUCAUCAGUUUACCCUGACAGCGGACUUCUCGACUCAAAGAUGGUCGGCUCCGUUCAAUGCCAAUGACAUCGGCCGCACCCACCUUGUUGUCCAGCGGCAGUCAUCCUCGGGUGUUCGGACCUACCUCCUGCGGAUCGAGACGCACAUCCAAGGCUCCAGCUUCUUCAUCUUCAUCUCGAGAGAAAAGGAGCCUUGGCCGCUCAAGAUCAGGAACGACACGCCCUACAAGUUCAGCUUCCAGCAGAUCGACUCGGACAAGCAAUCGACCAAUCUCCCGGUCCGGGAUGUACCACCUCAUGAGGCCGUCGACUACUCGUGGGAUUACCCUACCGCCUCAAAGAAGCUGGUCAGGUUGAUCGCCGAGGGUGUACCGCUUUCGCAGGCAGUGGACAUGAUGGCUAUCGGUGUUCAGCCACCCAUCAAGCUGCCUCGCCAACCCAGCAAGCGCUCGGCCACGGUCUCGAUUGACAUCCAAGCCGACGGCGCAUCCCAGCUGCUGGUGAUCUCACCAUACGACGAGGAGACAAGCGUGUACAAGCCGAUGAGGGGCGCCGGACCAAGGCGGUCGGAGUCUACCGACAGCAUCACGACCAUGAGCACGCAAUUCGAAACGGUCCAUGUGGCCGAGAAGCCAAACAUGAACAUCCAGGUCGACCUCGAAGGCAUCGGGAUCUCGCUCAUCACCAAAAAGCCGGACGAGCUUAUCUACGUCUCGCUUCGCGGUCUCAGCGUGGGCUAUGCCGACUACUCGAAUUACUAUGAGGGAUUCAUCGACUGCAAGUGGAUCCAGAUCGACAAUCAGCUCUUCGGCGGUCUAUUCCCUAUUAUCCUGUAUCCUCAGGUCAUACCGAAGGACGGAAAGGACCUGGAGUCGCACCCGACUCUGCAAUUCUCGGUGGCGAUUUUGAAGGACCAAUCACACGGUGUCGUCUUCAUCAAGUACGCAACGAUCCUGCUUCAGUCUUUGACUGUCGAAAUCGACGAGGACUUCCUGUUUGCCUUGCUGGAGUUCACCAAGUUCAAGGGCGCCGGAUGGGAUAUCGAGCCGGAUGACAUCCUGAUACAGUACCCGAAGGGCAUACCGGAGCCAGCGAUGACGUCCGGCAAGGCCGACUUCUUCUUCGAAUACCUGCACCUCCAGCCCCUUGCUCUGAAUCUGUCGUUCAUGCGCACGGAUCGGGUCAAUGUGGACGAAAAAGUAUCAUCGAAUAAGAACCCCUUCUACUAUGCCUUCAACGCCCUGACCAUGGCCGUCGGCAACGUCAAUGAUGCGCCUCUCAAGUUCACUGAGCUCGAGCUUAAGAAUACCCGACUUUCCAUCCCGUCACUCCAGGAACGAGUCCAGCUACAUUACCAGGCACAGGUCGUUCCGCAGAUCUACCGAGUGCUUGGAUCGGCCGAUUUCCUCGGAAACCCCAUGGGUCUUUUCAACCAGGUCAGCUCGGGAGUCAGCGACAUCUUCUACGAGCCAUACCAAGGCGUGGUCAUGCACGGGAACAAGGAUAUCGGGCUUGGGAUCGCAAGGGGCGCGUCCAGCUUUGCCAAGAAGACGGUCUUUGGUGUUACCGACAGUCUGACCAAGGUCACUGGCAGUAUCGGCAAGGGGUUGUCUGCAGCUACGAUGGAUACCGAGUAUCAGACGAAGCGACGCAUGACGCAAAGGCGAAACAAGCCAAGACAUGCGCUGUAUGGUGUCGCGGCGGGUGCUUCUGCGUUUGCGGAUAGUGUGACGAGCGCGUUUGAGGGUGUAGCCUCCAAGCCUAUGGAAGGAGCCGAGAAGGACGGCGCAUCCGGCUUCGUCAAGGGUGUCGGGAAGGGCUUUGUCGGCUUGUUCACGAAGCCUUUGGUGGGCGUCUUCGACUUGGUCUCGACGUCGACGGAGGGAAUCAGGAACACGACGACAGUCUUUGACCAGGACGCGCUGGACAAGGCGAGAUUACCGAGGUAUAUUGCGUCUGAUGGAGUCAUACGGCCAUACUCCGAGCGGGAAGCUCUGGGCCAGUCAUGGCUCAAAGACCUCAAAUCAGGCGAAUACCGACACGAGACCUACAUCGCCCAUCUCGAUAUCCCUGGAGACGACGCCGUCGCUCUCCUCUCGGACCAACGACUCGCGCUCAUGCAGCUCCGAAAGAUGAAGUUGAUCUGGGAUGUGCCAUUAAGCGAGAUGCAGAGUCUGUCGCUGGAAGAUGGGGGGAUUGGGCUGGUAUUGCGAGGAGGGCAGUCGGGGCCAUUCUUGCCAAUUUCGGAUAGGACGGGGAGGGAUUGGUUGUUUAAGAAUAUUGGAAAGGUUGUCAAUCAAUACAAUAGACGGCAUGCUGCGAGAGAUGAUUAUUAG